AUGGAAGGAUAUUCUCGGAGUCUAAAAAUUCCCGUUUCUAGAGGCACAUCAGUUCUUACCGGGAGACUCUUCAACUUAAACUUCGGUGGUAACUGCCCCAAAUACCCACGCGGAUGGGUUUCUCAUAAAUUUGCACAGAGAAUGAAGAUCCGUCCUGAUAGCUACUUUCAAGCCAUCAUCAUAUGCAUUAAGCAAAAUUCCUGCCAUAACUCAGACUUGGGAGUCCCUUAUGAAGCAAGAAGACAUGUCUUUGGCUACAGUCACCGAGUCACACUGGACACACUCUGUAAUCUGGGCUGGAUAUCAUCCAACGGGGAAAUUGCGGAUUAUGAGACUUCCAUGAGGAAUGCAGUCCAAGACUUGAGGGAAGAUUACGAUGACAACAACAUGCCGUCCGGCAAGGGCGCAGCCGCCCUUGCGGCAGACCUCCCGAAGGUCCAGCUCGUCCUCCAAAUCGUGCCCAAAGGCAACUAUGUGUUUAACCUGUCUCUGGGUGCCGCUGGCUUGCCCGAGACAGUGCUAUGGUCGUCCCUAGAACGCGAUUCCGCCAGUAUCUCCUAUCCUUCGACCCAGAGCCCGCAGGCUUCUGGUUUACACAACGUUCCAGUAACCGUCCGGAGUAUAUCGUAAUAGGUAAUAC